AUGAUGUUCCAGGAUGAAGUCAGCUUAGCACUGCAACAUGAGCAGCAGCCAGUCACAGGGGAGGGAAUUCCACAGCUGCCCUAUCAGCAGUGGAACGCGUCCGGAUCUGGCUCUCUCAUUGUCGGCAUCGGGGACGGGGCAGCGGGACGGACCUACUCGUACACGGAGCCGCAAUUAUACAGCCAGAACAGCGGAGGGAGCUACUUCGACACGCAGGGAGGCUCGUCGCAGGUGACGACAGUGGUGUCGUCGCACGGCAUGGCAGGCGCCGGCGGCGGCGGGGGGCUGUCCAUGGGCCUGACGGGGGGGCAGAUCAUCAGCAGCUCUGGAGCGUAUCUCAUUGGCGGAAACUCCAUGGACGGGUCUGGCCCUCACCCCCCCACACAGACGAACCGAGCCUCCCCAGCGACCAUUGAAAUGGCCAUUGAGACUCUCCAAAAGUCCGAAGGUUUGUCCACCCAGCGGAGUUCGCUGCUCAACAGCCAUCUGCAGUGGCUGCUGGACAACUACGAGACAGCAGAGGGCGUCAGCCUGCCGCGCUCCACCUUGUACAGCCACUAUCUGCGGCACUGUCAGGAGCAGAAGCUGGACCCGGUAAACGCCGCCUCCUUCGGGAAGCUGAUCCGCUCCAUCUUCAUGGGUGCGACACGCCGACUCGGCACCCGGGGGAACUCCAAGUACCACUAUUAUGGUAUCCGUGUGAAGCCCGACUCGCCCCUGAACCGGCUGCAGGAGGACAUGCAGUACAUGGCCCUGCGGCAGCAACCGGCGCAGCAGAAGCAGAGGUUCAAGCCCGUGCAGAAGGUGGACGGCAUGAGCAGCGAGAACUUCUCCGCAGGCGGUCCGCACCCCCCCAGCGCCGCCGAGCAGACAGUCAUCGCUCAAAGUCAGCACCACCAGCAGUUUCUAGACGCCUCCAGGGCUCUGCCUGAGUUCGUGGAGCUGGACAUGGGCGACACAAACAUGGACCUCAUCGGCCCAGAGGACGUCAAGGCCCUACAGGCGCUGUACAGGGAGCACUGCGAGGCCAUCCUGGACGUGGUGGUGAACCUCCAGUUUGGGCUGAUAGAGAAGCUGUGGCAGACAUUCUGGCGCUACUCCCCCAGCGUCUCUGUAGAGGGCGCUACCAUCACGGAGAACAGCGGCGUGAGCGAGAUCGAGGGCCGUCUGCCGCGUGCCCGCCUACUCCAGCUGUGCCGCAGUGAGGCCGUGCUGCGCUGGAUGAGCUCCUGCGACCACGUCAUGUACCAGGCGCUGGUGGAGAUCCUCAUCCCGGAUGUGCUGCGACCCAUCCCUAGUGCCUUGACCCAAGCCAUCCGUAAUUUUGCCAAAAGUCUCGAGGCCUGGCUAAACAACGCUAUGAGCGCCGUUCCCCAGAAGAUGGUCCAAACCAAGGUUGCCGCUGUUAGUGCCUUUGCGCAGACGCUGCGCAGAUAUACGUCCCUGAACCACCUGGCGCAGGCGGCACGCGCAGUCCUGCAGAACACCUCGCAGAUCAACCAGAUGCUCAGCGACCUCAACCGCGUCGACUUCGCCAACGUGCAGGAGCAGGCCUCGUGGGUGUGCCAGUGCGAGGAGGGCGUGGUCCAGCGCUUAGAGCAGGACUUCAAAGUCACGCUGCAGCAGCAGAGCUCUCUGGAGCAGUGGGCAGCCUGGCUGGACAACGUGGUCACCCAGGUGCUGAAGCCUUACGAGGGUCGGCCCAGCUUCCCCAGGGCAGCCAGGCAGUUCCUGCUCAAGUGGUCUUUCUACAGCUCCAUGGUGAUCCGCGACCUGACCCUGCGCAGCGCCGCCAGCUUCGGCUCCUUCCACCUCAUCCGGCUGCUUUACGACGAGUACAUGUUCUACCUGGUGGAGCACCGCGUCGCCCAGGCGACCGGGGAGACGCCCAUCGGCAUCAUGGGAGAGUUCGCCGACCUCAGCACCAUGUCACCUGCAAACAUCGACAAAGAUGAGGUGAGCGAGAUGGACAGCGACUUGGAUGAGGACAUGGAAGACUCCGGAGAGCCGAUGGCCAAGCGGGAGAAGGCGGAGACCGAGGUGAUCCAGGUGCUCCAGGUGGGGGCGCUGGAGGACGGCGGCAGUGCUGUGGUGGGCGUGAUCCAGCCCGACAUGCUCAGCUCGCUGGCCCAGCCCCCGGUCGACCGGGUGGACCACAUCCUGGCACCUGUGGGCACCACCCCCACCAUCCAGCACUGCAGUGCCACUGGGAACACCUAUGCGUCUGUCUGAAGACCCCCACCCCCGUGCCCUCCUCCCCUUCUGCGUCUCCGUCUUCUCUCUCUCUCUCUCUUUUUCUCUCUCUCCUCCUUCGCCCUCCGAAGUCAGAGAGGAGCGGUCGCCGUGUCAUUCUGACUGUUUGGCAGAGGCCCUGCUGGAGGUCAUGUGACCAUUACACGCCCAUCAUGGCUGCAGUCGACGUCGGCUGGAGAUAAACCAAAACCCAGAACCUGGCCAUCCAAACAGGGAUCGGUCUGCAAGUGGGCCAGCUGAGUCUGGUGUCAUAUGACCCAAAUGUCACGUGACUCUAAUAUCACGUGACCAUAUAUAUACAUGUUUCUGUGUUUUGUGUGUAUGUGUGUGUGUGUGUGUGUUUGAGGGAGGUUGGGAUGAAAAAAGGGCUGUAGAUUUUCAGUGCCCCACUGUAGCUGUGGGGGGGGGUGACCCAGGUGAUGCUGCUCUGUUUGACUGCAGGGGGUUAAGGGGGUGGCAGGGGGCCCAAAAGCCCCUUGUUUGGAAGAGUUUGCUGAUUGUUCAUUCUGAUGGACAGGAACACAAAUCCACGCCAGCGGUGUCAUAAAUCGCCCCCCUUGGUUUCAGAGAAGGUUGUGCUCUUAUGUACCAAAGGUUAGUGUAGCAAACUGCUGAGGAGAGAGAGCAUCAGUCCGCGAGAGACACUCUGCGGCUUCAUCUCCAUCCUGCUUUUCUGUUCUUUUUUACUUUCCUUAUUUAGACUAAACUCUGUGUGUCUGUUUCCGCAUUAAUAUGUGAAUUGACUGCUGUACGGCUGUAGAAUGUAACGAGACUGUCAGAAACACUGGACGUGUUCAGGUGGUUGUCCUGGACACCCAUCGCUAUGGUGACUUCAGUUGUCGCUGCUGCUCCCGAGAGUGACGUAUUUGUUGAGCCAGAAACCACUAAAUACUGUAGGUCUCUCUUCACUGUACCCUGUGGAUGUGCUUAUUUUGGUAUCCAUCAUGUUUUUUGCAUUGCUGUUCCCCAACCCACCCCCCAAUCCUGAUUGGACCAAAAACACGUGGAGCCAGGCAAAGGGAGGCCCCUAGUGGCCAAUGUGAGGACCCGUCUCCUUUCCGUCGUAGUGCCAAUUCGCCACGCAGAGCGAAUGUCAGGGAUCUUUGUACCUCGGCUGCAUCACAGUGCCUUAACGCAGCGUUGAGCUUUGCGCGCAGUGCCGUCCGCCCGUCUCUGACGCAGUGCGCCCCCCAGAGGCCAGCGCGCACCUUUCCACCCACGCAUCUGCUUUACCAAACGGCUGGAUUUGUGCUCUGCCAUCAGUCUGCUGGCCGCAAGUGGGGGAGGCGUCUCUCCUUUGGUCGUUUGUUUCGUCUGGUUCCUUCCCCGUCUAGGGUGACUGCCCCCCCCCCCCC